AUGCUGCGACUGAAAUCGCGCAGUGUCCUGUGCACCCCCUCGAGCGGGCUCUCCAGAGCCCUGGACGGGUUGCGCGUCGGCGACGACGUCGACGGGGCGUCGAACGCGAGACCGACCGACGUGGAUGACGACGACGACGUCGACGACGACGACGACCGUGAUGGACGCAUCGCGACGACGCGACGGAUCGAGCGCGCGUUCGCGUCGGAGAGUCAAGGGCACGGAUGGUCCUCCGCGAAUGGGACGAACUCGCAGGGUGAGACGAUGACGCAAGGCGGGUCGCACGGGGGACCGGAUUUCAUCACGCCGGCGGACGCGCAGUUCGACGCGUACGCGGGAUACGAUGGAAUGGGGGGGGGGGACGCCCGGGGGGCGCACGGACACUUUCGAGGCGCGAGAUCGCCGUGCGCGUUGUCGCCGACGAGGAAUAAACGACCGAGAUUUGGAUUGGACGUCGGGUUGUCGCAGGGGACGCAAGAGUUCGGGUACGCGAGUCAGCCGUUGGAGAAUACGCAGCCGAGUCAGUCGCAGGGAGAGUUCGGGAAUGGGUUCAGGGUGCCGAGAAAUCGUGAGCCGAGUCGGGGGGGGGGGGCGAGGUCGGGGUUGCCGCGCGCCGCGACGUCGCCGCCGUGCGCUCGAAACGCGUUUCUGCCGGACCGCGAGCAACCGGCUGAGCACACCGCGCACGGACGACGGGCGAAUUGCACGAGCGCGGCGCAGUUGGCGACGAUGUCGCGAUUUCGCGUCGAUUUCGUCGAUCUCGGUUGCAUCGCUCGUGGGGGAUUCUCAAAGGUACACAAAGUCAUCGGACGCCUGGACGGGUGCCAAUAUGCGUUGAAGCGCACGUCGGAGCAGUUGAAGAACGAGCGCGAUCGAUCGGAGGCUUUGCGCGAGGUGCACGUCAUGGCGAGCCUGGUAACGUGCCCACAAAUUGUACGAUAUCACAGCGCGUGGUGGGAGAACGACCACCUGUACAUUCACAUGGAACUCUGCGAAGAAGGGUGCGCGUCGAGAAUGGUGGACUCUCGGGACGGCGAACGCAUGAACGACGCGCAGCUCGCGAGAUGUUUGAGAGACAUUUCCACCGCGCUCGCGUUCGCGCACGAUCGCGGUCUGGCGCACAUGGACGUCAAACCAGACAACAUUUUCAUCUGCAAAGAGGGAUUCAAGCUCGGAGACUGGGGACGCGCGACGCAGCUCAGCGGCGCGCGCCGCUCGAGCGCCGUGGACGAGGGCGACGCCAGAUACCUCCCACCCGAGCUCUUGAACGAUAAUUUCGACAACUUGGACCGCUCUGACGUCUUUUCUCUCGGUGCAUCUCUCUACGAGCUCGCCAUCGGCACCUCUCUGCCCUCGCACGGAUCGGAUUAUCAAGCGCUUCGCCAAGGCGUCGUGCCGACAGGCGCCGUCGCGGCGUCGCUCCACGCCCUGUGCGUCGCCAUGAUGUCGCCCAUCCCCCUCGAUCGUCCGUCCGCCGCGGACGUAUUAUCCAAACACUGCACGUUGUAA